AUGGGCUCAGAGCUGCAGGGUGUGUGGCACGUGCACAGCGCAUUUGGUGGAGUUCAGCUGCGGUCGGUGCUGAAUGAAAAGCCAUACCACUGCAGCUUUGCUGAACAGGAAACCCCGAUGGUAACGUCUCACUUGGAUGAACUCACAAAACUGGGGAGCCGCAACGCCAGAGAAAAUGAGGCCAGGGAAACUAAGUCAGAGAUUCCUGCCCUGGUGUCGGGACUGGAGAGUGUCAUCAAGGACCCCUUUUCGAAAUACCAAGACCUAAAAGGAUCUGCAGACAUGAAGAUGCCAGUGUUUCACCACAGCCAGGGGCUUCCUUGCUCCAGUCGCAUCGCUAGCUUUGCUUCGGCUGUGGGCCAGACAUGUUCAAACAUGGUCAUGAACUUGAAAACGUCACUUGAAGUGCAGUCUAGUCAUGCUAGAGAACAUUUGCUAGACUUACACAGAGAACAUCCUCUGAUAGGAAAAGGUGCUGAAGUUCAAGAAGUAGCUCCACUCGAUUUGAGUGAAAAAUCAACAAGGGAUAAUUCAUGCAAUAAAAAUCUGAAUACAUCCUUGCAGGCUGCUUUAAUUGUCUACCCGUGUCCUUUCUGCAGUCACAAGACCUACUACCCUGAAGUCCUGUGGAUGCACAAAAGAAUUUUGCACAAAAUCAGCUGUAACUCGAUGGUCCCCCCUUGGGUUCAACAGAACGGAUUCAGGAGUAUUAAAAACAACCUGGUCUUUCUGGCAAGGAGUGGGCGUACUGGCCCCCCUCCUGUCCUCGGUGGCAAGGAGUGCCAGCCGCUGCCCAUUGCCAGAUUUACACGCACUCAAGUGCCAAGUGCAUUACCAGGGUCCAAAAGCAGCUCUCUUUCCGUCGGGAUGCUGGCAAAGUCUGGGAGUACACAUCAGCCCAAGGACAGUCACGCCUUCGGCCACUGCGGUCCACGCUUAUCGGGUCUGGAUGGGUACAGGCCACCCAAGUUAAACCAUUCCCAGGAGCAAUACAGCAUAGCAGCGCCACAAAAAAGUAAAUACGAAGCAAAUUCCAAACUUAUGCAAAUGGGAGCCUAUAGCAGAAGCGUAACGCCUACUCAGACGGUCAUAUCCAGGCCUAGCACACAGCCCACCAACAGUAACCAAGUGGAGAAGUACGGGGUUCCCCAGGGGAGUACUGGUUUUUCCCCUUCAGGUAAGCACUGUGCGUCUGACCCCAUGAAGGCCAAAUUCAACCCACCGCUGCAGUAUCACCCCCUGUGCAAGAGCGAGCAGUACCCUAAACACGACGAGCCAUCGGUGCCUCAGAGGGAGUCUCAGGUGAAGGCUGGGAAUGAGAUGAGGACAUUGGCAAACUGCACAGUGGUGGCCCGGGCGAGCCCACUGCUGCAGCCCCAGCACAGCGCUGCGGGAGUUUCUCCGGCUUUACACUCCACCAGACAGGAUCUGGGACCAGACGGGCAUGAGAAACAUUUGGAUGUUUUAAAUAUGUUCAAAACAUACAUUCCAAAGGACUUUGCUUCGUUGUACCAAACCUGCAGUGCCAACAGCCCUGUCCUGGAGCAUGCAGGGAUGCUCAGGACACAAACACGCCAAGGAGACUGCGUCUGCAGAGAAUGUGGAAAAUGCUUUACCCAGCCCAGCCACCUCAGGACUCACCAGAGGUCCCACGCAGUGGUAUUUGAGUCUAAUGGACUCCGAGGUACUGAAGUUCACACCACCUCUGCAGAUGCCCCAAAACAAGGGAGAGACCGCGGCGGCGCGGAGGUCGCCCACACGCUGCCUCUGCGGAAGGGCACCUAG